UAUUUAAUUCCAACUUCAUUGUUUACAAGCAAAUUUUUGCGUGUAUGUAUGAGAAUUUGGCGCGAGAAGUGGUCUAGUUGGUUUGUUAUGAGUGUCAGUUAGUGUUCAUGGAAAACGCAAAUUACGAAAAGAGCCCUAAAGAUUAUAUGGGUGAACAGUCUGCAGAGGAUGAUUUGGCCGCCGUUACUGCGAGGACGUUAAAUGACAUUUUAAUGGAAGAUCCAUUAAUGUGCGAUUUGCCCAAGAAUGUGACUUUGGAAGAGGUUAAUUCGCAAAUUGCGCUACAACAAGGACAGUCAAUUACAGUGUUUAUCGACAGGCAUAAUGAAACUACGGUACCAGUUGUGGUGCCGCAAAGAGGCUCAACUGUUUUGGAUUUGAAGAGAGCUUUUCGCCGAAACAUGUCAUUAAAGCUUGCCCGAGAGAAGAUAUACACCAAAAUCAGUUGGCGCUAUGUUUGGAAAAAUAAUUGGCUGUAUUUUGAAGGUCAGAAGCUGAAAAGUGACAGUGAUUUGUUGGAAGACUUGGGAAUAUGGAAUAAAUGUCAUGUUAGUUUUAUCAAACGACUAAGGGAAAAGGGGAUAAAGAACUGACAGUAUUUGCUGAUGCAAAAUACUUUUAUGUAUAUUUUGAUAAGUGAUCUCACAGUAUAAACAUUUUGUCACGUUGUACUAUCUUACAACAUUUUUUUUACAUGUGUUCGCUACGUACAAAGAUUGUAGUACAAUGCAAUGUGAUGACAGA